CACACAUACACACACACAGUGUGUCUCUCUCACAGCGCUCACUCUGGGACCUUCAUGGUAAUCAGAGCAGGCGUUUGAGGCUCUCUUUUACUGAGUGGCUGACUGGGGGAGAAGUGGUAAAGCAAAGAUGGUUAUGGAACAAGAGAAGCAGUUGGUGCUAUGUCUUCCAAAGGCACGCUGUUGAGACAAUGACCAAGAUGAGGAGGGAAAAGUAAGUUCUGAGAAGAGAAGCAUAUAGGAGGAUCCUGGAUUGGACACCCAGCUUUGAAUUCACCUGUGGCCUGAUCCAUUUUCAUAGCAGAGCUUUAGAAGAUCAGAGACAAAACAUGUACAACUGCUGAGGAGCCUGAAGAAGGUCUGCUGGACUUGACAUUCGAUAGGAUUGGAGGAGGCGAAAAGGACAUACUAUAUGAGGCAAGACAACAGAAUAUAUAAUAAGGAAAGAGAGGGUGAAAAGUGGAGUCAAGCUUUAGAGUUACAGGAGGCAGAGAUCAAUUUAUUAAGAUACUCACAGAAAGAAGAGACAAGUAGGACAGAGGCCGCAGGUUUUUUUGGCAGAAAUAAGCAGUAAUCGCCAUGUUCAUGAACUUCCGUCGUAUCAGCAAGUGCCAGUGCAUGCAGCUGCUGACCACAGGUUUGUUGCUGUCUGUGGUGAUGAUCUGCUGGAAAGACCUGGACCACCAUGUGGUCAGCCACAUGAGGUCCUACACGUACCGCUACCUGGUGAACAGCUACAACUUUCUCAAUUCCUCCUACGCCCUCACAUCCAUCCAUCACAACAAGAAGGAUGAGGUUUCUGAUGUGGACGCUGGGUUUGUCAACUAUCCAUACCUCAUCAACCAACCGGGAAAAUGUGGAGGUGGGGGCGGAGACCGGAAAAGUCAGGAUGUCCUCUUGCUGCUGUUUGUAAAAUCCUCGCCAGAGAACUUUGAGCGACGCCAGGCCAUCAGGGACACGUGGGGAAACGAGAGCUUUAUUUGGACAGAACUGGGGGCAAGAGUGAGGAUGGUGUUCGCCCUUGGCGUGCACCCAGAUGUCAGGCGAAGGUCCAGGGUGCAGAGUGAGCUGAUGCAGGAGGACCGGGCUCACGGCGACUUGAUCCAGCAAAACUUCUUGGACACCUUCCACAACCUGACUUCCAAACUGCUCCUGCAGUUCCACUGGGGCCACAAGUACUGCCGUCAGGCACGCUUCCUCAUGUCUGCAGACGACGACAUCUUUGUCCACCUGCCAAACUUGGUGAAGUACCUACGGCAGCUCCUGAGUACAGAAUCAGGGGUCAAAGACCUGUGGGUGGGACAUGUACACAGAGGAGCCCCUCCAGUGCGCCGGAAAGACAGCAAAUACCACGUUCCCCACGAUCUGUACCCCUGGCCCUCCUACCCAGACUACACUUCUGGAUCGGGGUAUGUGGUUUCAGGGGAUGUGGCCGCCAAGAUUUACCACGCAACUUUGUUGUUGAACUCCUCCAUGUACAUUGACGAUGUCUUCAUGGGGAUUUGUGCCACAGCUGUGGGGGUCUAUCCCCAGGAGCAUGUGUACUUUUCAGGGGAGGGCAAGACUCCGUACCACCCCUGCAUCUAUAAUCACAUGAUAACUUCUCACGGUCACGCCACGGACGUGCGCACGCUAUGGCAGGCAGCAACAGACCCGACAGUGUCUGGCAACUCCAGAGGAUUUGUAAGUCAUUUGUACUGCACUGCAGUGAGAGUGGCGCUGCUGUGCCUGCCAUACUACCAGAACACUUACUCCUGUAUGGCUGCUUUUACAUGAAUGGUCUUCAGAUGCUAUAUGUGCCACUAGAACAAAUAAUGGCACCUAUUUCACUGCUUGCUUGCUAUUAUAGGUAUUUGCUCUUAUGUAAAUUAAGUUAAGCAAAGAAAUGCACUUGAUUGUUCUUUAGUUAUCAUCCAGACUUUGUUUAAGCUGGAGAGAAAUGAUUGGUAGAACCAAUCCUGCUUCUGUUCAAAUGAGGAUUCUUCUCCUCAGUGUGCACACUUCAUAGAGCUCCAUUCCGUUCUUCCUUUGGCCCCGAUUGAAAAGUCUAAACUAGCUGCUAAAUGUGAUGAAUUCCGGUGUCUCUGAGGCGGUGGACAAAGAUUAAUGUUCUGUAUAGAUGUCCCAUUGUCAAAUUUGAAGGCACAUCAGAAGGUUUAAAGAAACCAAAUGGUUCAAGGAUGGUUGUUUAUGUCCAUUAGAGCUCUAGCCAUUCAACAAUUAAUCAAAUGUAAAAGAAAUGCAACCAUAAUAAAUGAUUGAAUUUUUUUAAGAAAA